AUGGAACUGCCCCAGCUCCUCAGCGGCAUCAGGGCAAGGUAUGAAACGCUCAGCACCAGCAAUCAGACCAAGACCAUCAGCUCAGCAAGGACCCAGCUAGAAGCGGCUACAAUUCAAAGAAUGGACAAAGAUGCAGAAGCAUUAAAGGCAGCCAGAGCAGAACUCUGUGAAGCAAGACGGCAGUGGCACCAUAUGCAGAUUGAAAUUGAAUCUCUCCACGCUGUGGAAAAGGGUUUGGAACGUUCAUUGCGUGCCACAGAGCAGCAGUACCACAUGCAACUACAAAAUUUAGAAGCUGAGAUUGAGUGCUUGGAGAAGGAGCUACUGGAAGUGAGAAGAGGCAUUGAGAAACAGCUUCAAGAACAUGAGAUUCUCCUGAACACAAGGAUGAAACUGGAGGAGGAGAUAGCAACAUAUCGCAGCCUGCUGGAGCAAGAAGAGAACAGGUUUCGUUGCUCUAUACCUGACCAGAAGGAUGACAAAAAGCCUACCACUAGCAAGAUUGCAUUUACACUGCCUUCGAGUCCCAUGUGCUGCAUGCCUACUACAUCUGCGUUUUCUUUUACAGAUAGUGUAAAGCAGCAUGAAACUGAGAAGGUAGAACUGAUGACAAAACAAGCAAUCCUAGAUGGAAACAUUAUAAAGGAAAGCGCUGAAGCUCAUGGCACUGUACAGACAGAAAAAGUGGAUGAAGUCAUUAAAGAAUGGGAAGGCUCUUUCUUUAAGGACAACCCUCGUUUAAGGAAAAAAUCUGUUUCCCUGCGCUUUGAUCUCCACCUCGCAGCAACAGACGACGGAUGUUUGCACACUAAAAAGAAAGCUCUUCCCGACGUUGAAGUCAGGCUGGUAAUGAGGAGAUCUUGCAGUAUUCCAUCUAUCAAACCCUAA